CGGUGAUUGGCUGCUCCUACUAUUUACCUCCUCUCGAUGUUGCGUCAUGCAGUGCGCCGGAGGAACUGUGCUCUUUCAGGCCGUAAGGAGCGUGCUGGGGCCGGGAAGGGAAACUGCGCGGCGAAGGUGACCGGGGACCGAGGUACUGCUCCGGCUGGCCGGCGGGCGCCCGGGAUCCCCGGUGGUCCUGUCAGCCGCCCUCACGGGACCGCUAGCAUUACAGAAACACGAUCUGCUGACUUCUGGUUGACCACUCAUCUUGUAUAAUGUGACCUGGAGCUAAGAUAAUCCAGUUUUCAGCAUGCUUUUCUUUUGAAGACACCAUUGAGGGAGUCUAAUCAUUUCAGAUCUGCUUGGUAGACCUGGUGCACCACCACCAUGUUGGCUGCAAGGCUUGUGUGUCUCCGGACACUACCUUCUAGGGUAUUCCACCCAGCUUUCACCAAGGCCUCCCCUGUUGUGAAGAAUUCCGUCACGAAGAAUCAAUGGCUGUUAACACCCAGCAGGGAGUAUGCCACCAAAACAAGAAUUGGGAUCCGGCGUGGGAGAACUGGCCAAGAACUCAAAGAGGCAGCACUGGAACCAUCGAUGGAAAAAAUAUUUAAAAUUGAUCAGAUGGGAAGAUGGUUUGUUGCUGGAGGGGCUGCUGUUGGUCUUGGAGCGUUGUGUUACUAUGGCUUGGGACUGUCUAAUGAGAUUGGAGCUAUUGAAAAGGCUGUAAUUUGGCCUCAGUAUGUCAAGGAUAGAAUUCAUUCCACCUAUAUGUACUUAGCAGGGAGUAUUGGUUUAACAGCUUUGUCUGCCAUAGCAAUCAGCAGAACACCUGUUCUCAUGAACUUCAUGAUGAGAGGCUCUUGGGUGACAAUUGGUGUGACCUUUGCAGCCAUGAUUGGAGCUGGAAUGCUGGUACGAUCAAUACCAUAUGACCAGAGCCCAGGCCCAAAGCAUCUUGCCUGGUUGCUACAUUCUGGUGUGAUGGGUGCAGUGGUGGCUCCUCUGACAAUAUUAGGGGGUCCUCUUCUCAUCAGAGCUGCAUGGUACACAGCUGGCAUUGUGGGAGGCCUCUCCACCGUGGCCAUGUGUGCGCCCAGUGAAAAGUUUCUGAACAUGGGUGCGCCCCUGGGAGUGGGCCUGGGUCUCGUUUUUGUGUCCUCACUGGGAUCUAUGUUUCUUCCACCUACUACUGUGGCUGGUGCCACUCUUUACUCAGUGGCAAUGUACGGUGGAUUAGUUCUUUUCAGCAUGUUCCUUCUGUAUGAUACCCAGAAAGUAAUCAAGCGUGCAGAAGUAUCACCAAUGUAUGGAGUUCAGAAAUAUGAUCCCAUUAACUCGAUGCUGAGUAUCUACAUGGAUACAUUAAAUAUAUUUAUGCGAGUUGCAACUAUGCUGGCAACUGGAGGCAACAGAAAGAAAUGAAGUGACUCAGCUCUGGCUUCUCUGCUACAUCAAACAUCUUGCUUGUUUAAUGGGGCAGAUAUGCAUUAAAUAGUGUACAAGCAGCUUUCGUUGAAGUUUAGAAGAUAAGAAACAUGUCAUCAUGUUUAAAUGUUCCAGUAAUGUGAUGCCUCAGGUCUGCCUUUUUAUCUGGAGAAUAAAUGCAGUAAUCCUCUCCCAAAUAAGCACACACAUUUUCAGUUCUCAUGUUUGAGUGAUUUUAAAAUGUUUUAGUGAAUGUGAAAACUAAAGUUUGUGUCAUGAGAAUGUAAGUGCUUUUUCUACUUUAAAAUUUAGUAGACUUGCUGAGUAAGUAAAAUUUAGCAAACCUGUGUUUGCAUAUUUUUUUAGAGUGCAGAAUAUUGUAAUUAAUGCAUAAGUGAUUUGGAGCUUUGGUAAAGGGACCAGAGAGAAGGAGUCACCUGCAGUCUUUUGUUUUUUUAAAUACUUAGGACUUAGCACUUGUGUGAUUGAUUAGUGAGGAGCCAGUAAGAAACAUCUGGGUAUUUGGAAACAAGUAAUCAUUGUUACAUUAAUCUGCUGAACUUAACAAAACUGUUCAUCCUGAAACAGACACAGGUGAUGCAUUCUCCUGCUGUUGCUUCUCAGUGCUCUUUCCAAUAUAGAUGUGGUCAUGUUUGACUUGUACAGAAUGUUAAUCAUACAGAGAAUCCUUGAUGGAAUUAUGUAUGUGUGUUUUACUUUUGAAUGUUACAAAAGGAAAUAACUUUAAAACUAUUCUCAAGAGAAAAUAUUCAAAGCAUGAAAUAUGUUGCUUUUUCCAGAAUACAAACAGUAUACUCAUGA